UAGUAAACAUGGGGCCCAAUCAAAAGCAUUAUCUUUUCUUAAGCUAAGACCAAAAACCAAGCAACAAAAUAAUAUUUAAAAAAAUUGAAAAAAGAAAGUCAAAAACCAACAAACCCUACCCCCAGCCCCAUAUGUUUCAUGUAUAUUUUGUCCAAAUAUAUAAAUUACGUAUUGUAUUAUUAUUUCUUUUAUUAUUAUUUUUUUUAGAUGUAAAAGGCCAAUCUUUAUCUUGAAUCAACUACUGCUAUUCCUUCUUCUUCAAUCAAAAGGCCACAAAAAACCUACCAAAUUUCAUCUUCCAUUAACCCAAAUAUCUCUGUUACAGAAAUUCUUCGAAAGUUUUCUUUUUCUGAUAUUGUUUUGUCUUCCAUGGCUGUUUCUCCUCAAGUUUUCCCGCCAAGAAAGCGGCGGCCAUCGGCGGGAGCUUUCAUUUCUCCGAAAUUGACGGACUUAAACCUGGUACAAUCUCUUCUUUCUUUGUCUCAAGAAAUCUCUUCCCUUAAACCUCUUCAAUGUCUUUUAAAAAGGAACUCCCUUUCCAUCAUAAACAAAUCCAAGCUUCUCGCAAUCUUAUUCGAAGAGCUGCUUCGAAAUCCUGUUUAUAAUUUCUUCUCUCCUUCAACUCUCCUAUGCUUUGAAGAAAUGUACAUAGUUUUACAGAGAAUUAAAACCCUGAUCGAAGAUUGUUCCAAUGGAAGCAAUAUGUGGCUGCUUAUGCAAAUCCAACCUUUGGCUAACAGUUUCCACGAACUCACCCUCGAGCUGUCGACUCUCCUCGAUAUUUUCCCUGUCAAAGAAGUGGAUUUGAGUCAAGACGUUGAAGAACUCGUUGGUUUGGUAAGAAAACAGUGCGCCCAAUCCAAACCUUUGGUAGAUCCAAGAGACGAGUUUCUCAGGCUAGAAGUUUUUGCCAUGCUUGAUCGGAUUAAACAAGAGAUCGUCCCUGAUCAUUUAAAGCUCAAACAGAUUGUCGAGAGUUUAGGAUUACGAGACAAUUCAAGUUGCAGAGAAGAAAUCGAAAGUCUCCAAGAAGAAAUUCAGAACCAAAUCAAUGAAAAAUCCAAAUCAGAUAUUGUUUCUUUGAUCGGUCUCGUUCGUUACGCUAAAUGUGUUUUGUUUGGAUCGUCAACGACGAAGAAAUUAGACCAUCACCGACGAAAAUCAAUGUCGGAUAUUACAAUCCCAGCGGACUUUCGGUGUCCGAUAAGCCUCGAGUUGAUGCGGGACCCAGUUGUCGUGGCAUCGGGACAGACGUACGAUCGGGAGUCAAUAAACCUGUGGAUUGAAUCUGGACACAACACGUGUCCUAAGACAGGUCAGACCCUGGCCCACACCAACCUCAUCCCAAACCGCGCUUUGAGGAAUCUUAUAGCCAUGUGGUGCCGUGAACAAAGAAUUCCGUUUGAAACCGCGGGAAGUAACGAUAAAGUUAACGGCGUUAAAGCCGCUAAAGCCGCAUUGGGAGCUACGAAAAUGACGGUUUCCUUUUUGGUCAACAAGCUUUCGGUUUCACCAUCCAUGGAGGCGGCUAACGGCGUCAUUUACGAGCUUCGUGCCCUCUCUAAAACUGACUCGGACAGCCGAGCCUGCAUUGCCGAAGCUGGAGCAAUUCCCAUCCUCGUCAGACAUUUAGGUUCGGAUAUAGGUUCCGAGCACCCAAACCUCCAAGUCAACGCCGUUACCACGAUUCUUAAUCUUUCCAUCUUAGAGGCAAACAAAACGAGGAUCAUGGAAACUGACGGAGCUUUAAACGGUGUUAUCGAAGUAUUACGUUCGGGUGCCACAUGGGAAGCCAAAGGAAAUGCGGCGGCUACAAUAUUCAGCUUAUCAGGUGUACAGGCGUACAGGAAAAGGCUAGGGAAGAAGACACGUGUCAUCAAAGGAUUGAUGGAUUUGGCCAAAGACGGUCCCACGAAUUCCAAAAGGGAUGCCCUCGUGGCAAUUUUGAAUUUGGCCGGAGAUAGGGAGACCGUUGGGAGGUUACUCGAAGGAGGGGUGAUAGAGAUGGUGAGCGGAGUCAUUAACGCUCUACCGGAAGAAGCUGUGACGAUACUCGAGGGGGUGGUAAGGAGAGGCGGAUUGGCGGCGAUUGCGGCGGCAUAUAAUACAAUUAAAAAACUGGGUGUUAUUUUGAGGGAAGGAUCGGAUAAUGCGAGAGAAAGCGCGGCGGCUACUUUGGUUACUAUAUGUAGAAAAGGGGGAUCGGAGGUUGUGGCGGAGUUGGCAGCGAUUCCAGGGAUCGAAAGGAUUAUAUGGGAAGUGAUGGGGACAGGUACCCUGAGAGCGAGACGAAAGGCGGCGACGCUGCUGAGGAUUCUUCGGAGAUGGGCUGCUGGGUUGGAUAUUAAUAAUGUUGUGGAUAAUUCAAUUAUGAUGACCACGAGCACGACAGUGAGUACAUCCAGAAUAGUAUUGCCAGCAUAAUUGAUGAUAUUUGUUUCAUUCAAUUUUUUUUUUUUUUUUUAAGAUGGCUAUGUAAAUGUUGGAUUGCAAUUAAAUUGUGUCAAAUCUCACAAGUGAAAGAUCAUUCUUUGAUGGUUCGUGAA